AUGGCCGCGGCCGCCGUUGCGACUGCGACGGCGCCAACGAGAGCGGAAACACACUCUAGAAACUCCAAUGGCGAUCGCCAUGACCAACAACCAGGACCGGGACCGGGACCGCAACCGCAGCAGCAUCUCGGCGGCGGCGGCGGUGUGCAAAUCACCACACGCACCGACCUCUCGCUCCUGUACCGCGCGCUGCGUGCCGUCAUGAAACCGCUGCGUCCCCGUCUCGUCCAGCUCGGCGGGUCAGCCCAGCCAGCGGGGUCGCCGCGCCUGUCGCCGCCGAGGAAGCGGGGUGUGCAGAUCACCGAGACGCGGUGUGCCGACGUGUGGAUGUAUCGGUAUCGGGUGAACGCUCGCGCGGGCGAGGGGGGGAAGGCGAGAGGACGAAGGGGAGGGGGACAAGAUGAAGGAGGAGGAGGUGGAGGAGAGCCAGGAAGACGCGUCCACCACGUCUAUUAUUUCUGCGGCGGCGGGUUCCAAUCGCCCCCAUCUUCCGAACACUGGCGCUUCGUGGCACAGCUCGCGCAAGACUUCGCGAGACACCGGUCCAGUAGUACUUCACCCGUCGACGUCAACGAUGGUGGCAAACACGCAAAUGACCCUCACAAAGACACCGACACCGAAAUCGAGCUGGUCCUCGUCAGUUAUCCACUGGCCCCCAAAAAUCCCGCGAGCGAGAGCUUGAGGAUCCUCAGAAAGUGGCUCACAACGGUCAUGGACGAGGUGGCCGCGAAGGGAAACACGCUCAGUCUGGCUGGUGAUAGCAGCGGGGGGAACGUCGUCCUGAGUCUGGGAUUCUGGGCCGUGCAGAAUUAUGGGAUUGGACCGUCACAACCACAACAACAACAACAACAACAACAACAACAACAACAACAACAACAACAACAACAACAACAACAACAACAACAGCAGCAGAGCCAGCAAGUCCAUUCUAGAACGGAAACACCUCUUGCUACUGGCGAUGACGGCGAUAACGACUUGACCAAGCUCACCAAUGAGGGACCUGGAACAAGGACGAGAGAGGCUAAAUUCCCACUCACGGCCUUGAUCAGCAUCUCAGGUCCCACAGACUUGACCAACACCAACCCGGAAAUCCGCAAGGUGGAUCAACUGGACUGUCUCCUGACGGAGAAGACGACACGAGAAGUCGCGCAGGUCUGGACCGCGAACGAUGACAGCAACGGCACGGCGAACAAGAAGAAGCAGAACUCUCCCUCCCACGAACCCACACCGCUCACCGACCCCAGCGUUUCGCCCCUCCUCAACCCCGACGCGGCCUUCCACGCCCUCAAGGAACGACAGGUACACGUGCACGGGGUCUUGGGCACGCACGACGUGUUGGCGCCGGACGCAAUGGCAUUCAUGCACAAGUGCCAAAGACUCGGGCUGACGGGGCAGUGGCUGGUGUGGGAGGGCCAGAUGCACUGUUUCCCUCUUGCGGGCGGAGAGGGCUGGCUGGGGAUCCGGGAAGGGAGAGAAGCGCGCGAGUUUAUAGAGAGUGUGCUUCGGAGAGAAUCUGGGCAGGAAGAUGCGAAUCAUGUAUAA